UCGUUUGAAAUUUUGACGUCAUAGCUGUUUCCGUUAUUGUUUACCAGCGGACAACUGACAACUGUUGCUCUUGGAUAUUUAACAAAAAUGACGUCCACGGAUUACGCGGAACAUCGGACUAUCAUCAAGUUUUGUGUUAAUCUUGGGAAGACGCCAACACAGACGCAGGAAAUGUUGGAGACUGCAAAAGUGAAACCUCCUGUUUGUCGAUCACUCGUUUUCAAGUGGCAUAAGAGUUUUCGAGACGGCCGGGAGGACAUUAAAGACGACAAGAGUCGUGGGAGAAAGUCAACGUUGACUGCGGCGUCAAUUAAGGAAGUCAAGGACGUCAUAGAUCGGGACAGGCGUUACACCAAGGUCAAUGCUGAGUACUAUUCAAGGGAACUCUCGAUCGCAACGCAGAAAGUGGUGGCUGAUUUCGACCAGGAGUGGUACAGGGCGGUGUACGACCAGUGGAUAUAUCGACACCAUAGGUGUAUUGAGUUAGGCGGCGACUAUGUUGAGAAAAACUGACAUUCGACGCCACGCAUUUAUUAACAACUAGCGACGCCACCGGAAUGACGUCGUAACGUCGGAAUGGACUGCCCCGCACCCGCUACCCCUUGUCUCAUUACCCUGCCCACAGACACUGAUCCAGUUGCCGGACAACUUUGAAAUUUUUUGUACUAAUGCAAUAAAGUUGUAUUUUUUUCAUGUUAAUUUUGUUUGUUUUCAGUAGUUUUUGAGUUACAGCAAAAGUCCAUGUAAUUCUGGGACACCCAUCAUACUAGGCUCAUCCUUUAGUAAAAUAUUUUAAUCACAGA